GCGAAGGCGAUUUUAGUCACGCCCGCGACGCCGCCGUGACAACUGCCACCGAGACUUCAUCCGCAGACGGAUACAAGGAUCGUGUUAGAGAAUCGCCACCAGCUGCCUAGACAUCUGCCAGGAACCAGACCGCAGAAAGCGCGAUGGCCCCUAAACACCCCCACCUGGGCUCCCCGGGCACCCCCGCCUUCCUGGCCCGUAUGAUGGCCAUUCCGGCGCUCAACGAUGCCUUUAUCUUUGCCUCCCACCUCUACGACAACACCAAGCAGGACAGCAACGAGUACGUGCGCGCCGCCCUCCUCGCGGCAGAGGAGGGCGUACGAGCGGCUGCCACGGGCGCGCUGCCCCUAGCAGCACCCAUCGUGGAGCGAGUGGGCGGCUGGGAGGCUGUGGAUGACUGGGCGUGCCGCGGAAUCGACCGGGUUGCUCAAGCGGCCCCGAUCAUCACGAAGCCAACUGAAGAGAUCGUAAGCACAUCCAGGGAGCGCAUGUUGAUGGCCGUGGCCGGGACAGGAACAGUGCCCACGUCCCUCUCGGCCGCCCUCUCCGCCAGAGUCUCCAGCACGGUGGAAUUCAUGUCGAAGCUGUCCGGAGGGCAGGCAGCCACAGGUGUAGCAGAACGGGUCGUGAACACCGCCAACACGCUUCUGGACAGGUACUUGCCAGCCCAACCAGGAGAUCCAAGAGAUACAGUUGCACAUUCUGGGAAUGUUGGAGCCCUUUUGAUCAAAACCAGAAGGCGGCUGUACCGCACCAUGCACAAUGUUGCUUACCCGAGACUGAAACACACACGUGAAAGUAUAGAUGGCUCUUUCUCUGUUUCUCUUUUGUACGACUUCGGACGUCAGGCAGCAUCAACACUGUACAGUGAAAUAAACCGUCAGCCGGAAAGAGGAGAGGAAGUUUCUCUACCCAUGCGCCUUGCUCGGUCAACGUUCCAGAUGAACUUACAGAUCGGGCAAAGACUUGGCCCUGAUUUCCAGAGGAGUGUUGCUAACAUGCAGGAGUCUUUCAAGUCUCGAGAUCUCAACAGAGCUACAAGAGAGAUGAUUGAGUCGAGCCGAAUCGUGUUGAUGAACACCUGGAAUUGGGGAACAAAUUUAUUAGCCUCUAGCAGGAUUUGGGUGGAGGAUAGUCUGAGACAGGCCAUGGCAGCAUAUGAGCAGAGAGAAAGGAUGGCAGCACUGAAUCAGCAGAGAGUCCGGGCAUGGCAGCCUGGGCAGUCAGCAGACAAAGAGAGACAAAUCAGAAGGAAGACAAAGGAUUAGAAAAUAGUCACAGACGUUUAAGGAUUUUGGACCAUGGCCGACCUGAGACAGAUAACUAUGGCUUACGCUUCAAAAGUGAUGCAACUGAUUAUUUCUUCUAUGUGUGAUUCUCAUCCAUGUAAGUUUCAUUCAUCUUAUAAUAUUCAACCUUCCAUUAUGCUAAUGCUGCCAUCUCAUAACUAUGGCAAUAAACAUUCAUGCUGCA